AUGAUGUGGGUCACCUGGAUCGGCUCCGUGGCCGCACUGGGUUUCGCGCUGAUCCUGGCGCUCGCCGUGCUGCGCAAGGAACCUGGCAACGAACGCAUGAAAGAACUCAGCCGCGCCGUGCAGGAGGGGGCGAUCGCCUACCUGAAACAGCAGUACAAGGUCGUCACGAUCUUCUUCGUGGUGCUGUUCGCUAUCCUGGGGGUGAUUUCCUGGGGGUUGGGCCUGCUGUCCGGCUUCGUGCCGUUCGCGUUCAUCACCGGCGGGUUCUUCUCCGCGCUGGCCGGUUUCAUCGGCAUGACCGUUGCCACCCGCGCCAACGCGCGCACCGCUUGGGGUGCCCGCGAGAGCCUCAACGCCGGCCUGCGCGUGGCCUUCUCCUCCGGAACGGUGAUGGGCAUGACCGUCGUCGGCCUGGGGCUGCUGGACAUCUCGAUCUGGUGGUGGCUGGAGGAGAUCCCGCCGAUCAUGAUCACCUUCGGCAUGGGCGCCUCCGCGAUGGCGCUGUUCGCCCGCCUGGGCGGCGGCAUCUUCACCAAGGCCGCCGACGUCGGCGCCGACCUGGUCGGCAAGGUGGAGGCCGGCAUCCCGGAGGACGAUCCGCGCAACCCGGCAUCGAUCGCGGACAACGUCGGUGACAACGUCGGCGACGUGGCCGGCAUGGGCGCCGACCUGUACGAGUCGUACGUCGGUUCGAUCAUCGCCACCAUGGCGCUGGGAGCGGUCGCCUCGCUCGGUCUGGACUCGAUAACGGCGUUGCAGGCGAUUCAGGUGCCGGUUUCGAUCGCGACCAUCGGCGUGUUGUGCUCCAUCCUCGGCACCUUCGUGGUGCGCGCCAAGGGCGACGCCAGCCAGGCGGUGCUGCUCGGCGCGCUGCGGCGCGGAACCUACGGAUCGACCGCGCUGAUCGCGAUCGGCUCCUUCCUGCUGGUGAUCCUGACGCUCGGCAGCGAGUUCCUGGGCAUCUGGGCCGCGAUGAUCGUCGGGCUGAUCGCCGGCAACAUCAUCGGCUACUUCACCGAGUACUACACCUCCGACCACUACAAGCCCACGCAACUGUUGUCCAACGAGGCGCUCACCGGCCCGGCUACCACCAUCAUCGCCGGCAUGUCCCUGGGCAUGCUCUCCACGCUGAUCCCGGUGCUCACCGUGAUCGGGGCGACGCUCGCCGCCUUCUUCCUACUCGGUCUGUACGGGAUCGGGUUGUCCGCGGUGGGGAUGCUGUCGACGCUCGGCAUCACCCUGGCCACCGACGCGUACGGACCGGUGGCGGACAACGCCGGCGGCAUCGCGGAGAUGGCCAAGAUGGAGCCGCACGUGCGCGAGCGCACCGACGCGCUGGACUCGCUGGGCAACACCACCGCCGCGACCGGCAAGGGGUUCGCGAUCGGCUCCGCCGCGCUCACCGCGCUGGCGCUUCUGGCCGAGUACGGCAACAAGAUCAAGAUCGUGCGCGGGGCCGACGGCCACGUCACCGACGUGGUCAUGAACAUCAAUCUGCUGGACCCGAAGAUCCUGAUCGGACUGUUCCUCGGCGCCAUGCUGCCGUUCGUGUUCUCGUCGCUGUCGAUGCGCGCGGUGGGCCGCGCCGCGGGCGACAUGGUCAACGAAGUGCGCCGGCAGUUCCGUGAGAAGCCGGGCAUCCUGGAGGGCACGGAGCGCCCGGACUACGCCGGCUGCGUGGCCAUCUCCACCCAGGGCGCGCAGCGUGAGAUGGUGGUGCCGUCGCUGCUGGCGGUGAUUGCGCCGAUCUUGACCGGGAUCAUCUUCGGACCGUUCACCGUGAUCGCGCUGCUGGCCGGUGCGCUGACGUCCGGAUUCGUGCUGGCCAUCAUGAUGGCCAACGCCGGCGGCGCCUGGGACAACGCCAAGAAGUUCAUCGAGGGCGGCGCGCACGGCGGCAAGGGAUCCGAUGCGCACAAGGCGGCCGUGGUAGGCGACACCGUAGGGGACCCCUUCAAGGACACGUCCGGGCCGUCGAUCAACAUCCUGCUGAAGCUGAUGUCGAUGGUCUCGAUCGUGUUCGUGACCACGGUGAUCGCGCUCAACGACCUGUUCAUCAGGAUCUUUUCGUAG